AUGAUUACUCUCUUCGAUCACUUGCCAGACUUGCCCUUACUGGAAAUCUUGUCCUAUUUAUCCUGCUUGGAUGCUUUAUGGGCAUUCUCGAAUCUCAACGCUCGUCUAACAAGUUUAUUGAGUGAACAAGGUUUCUAUUAUCAUGUCAAUUUAUCAUCCACACGAUAUCAACAGUUCAAAGCACUUCUAUCAUCACUUCGAUUCGAUGAAAUUCAGUCACUUACCAUUGAUGUUCAUGCAUCACUUCUUCAGAUAAGAUGUUGGCCUUAUUUACCAAGAUUAAGAAUCUUGAAAGUCAAAGGUGUACGAAACUUCCGUGAUGUUUUCAGUUUCGCACAUCGACAUGCGAGUACAUUAUCUCACUUAACAGUUGAAUCAAGCAGGUAUUUUAAAACUGAUGGCUUGAGUAGAAGAUUGUGUUAUCCAUCAUGGAAUUUAUAUAAAUUUAUCAGUGAAAUUCUUAAUAAUAUGUUUGCUCUUCGUUCACUUAACUUGGGAAUGGAAUCAUCUUUUUUCUUACACACAUGGUCUUUUAAAACGAUACAACUUCCAUUAACUCAUUUGACUGUUGCAUUACAUUUUAUCUGUGAUUUGAUAAAUCUCAUGUUAACUGACCCGUUGUCACACACUUUAGAACAAUUACACAUUACAUUAGCAAGGAACUGCGAUAUUGAAAGUAGUAUGGAUGCUGUAUCUCAUUUAUCCCGAAUGAAGACUUUACAUACAUUUACCUUUGCUAAGUCAUUCGAGUGGCAAUCCAAUUAUGAAUGGUCAUUCAUUGAUCGGCUGACAUCUGCAAAAGUUAUGCCCGCUUUGAGACGAAUGAGUUUUGCUCUGGUGAUUAAUUAUAUUGAUCUGAUUGAAAUGGAAAAUUCAGCACUUUUUACAGACUUUCGUCACAUUGAUGUUCAUUAUUCAUUUAUUAUCGUCGCUCCAAGUCGGGAAUCCCACGCAGUGCUUUUGAAUCAUGUACCGCGUGGCAGUCAAUCUCAUCCUCGGGAAAUAGUCAGUGUAACAUUCAUGAGUGGUCCUUGGCCUGAUGAUCAACCGUUCAUAACUCCAGACGUUCGUUAUAUAGAAACACCUAAGUUUCGGCAACAUCUCUUCUAUACUUUACCAUGGGUUUUUGAUAAGUUUUUUCAAUUAUGUGUUCCAGAUAGAUGUAUCAGUGAAGUAGAAGUCUUUAUGUCUCCUACAAUGGGUAAAAACUAUUCUUCUCGUUUGACUAAGUUGGAUAUGUCAGAUAAUCUUCCAUCAUGCUCAACACUCCUGUCUAACGUGAUAUUUCCAAAUAAGAUAGUGGAGCUUCAAUUAUUCCGAUGCAACAGACACGUGUCAAUGAAUUUACCCAAUGUUUCUCAUCUCAAUCUUAUUGAUAGUUUAGAUUCAUUACGUUCCAAUUCUCUUCCAUUCAAUGUUCGAACUAUUCAAAUCGUUCUUCAUCACGAAUGUCUUCAUUUUGCAACUGAUGAUUGGACUAUUCUACGUGCACUUUCAACUUUACCAUUAUUGAAAUCUUUACGUAUACUUUUAUAUGAUAUGCGGAUUCCUCCAGAUCACACAAGUUCUCAAAUUAUUGCAGAGAGAGCCUUGCUACUCUCGGAUUUCUCAUUUUGCUUUCGCAGGGACAAAUAUCCGGAUCCAUAUGACAAGAUCUCAGCAUAUAAAAGACACUGGCUGUUCAUUAAACAACUACGAAAACGCAUUCUUCUUGCAUCAUUGGAACGAGAGCCAUAUAUUUCUGUUGAAAAAGAUGGUUGUGGGUUGGUUGCAUGGUUUUGA